AGGAUUGUGAGCUGUGCGCACCGAGGCUCGUGGUGCGCUCAAAACAGCUGUCGUGCCGCGCGUCUCCUCCUCAUCCGCAGGUAUGUUCACCCGAAUGAUCAAGCUGAGGCUCCUGAACGCUGUAGCUCCUGCCUACUUCUUCAUGGCUACUGUGGUCACCUUCAUCUUGUACUUCUGCCUCUUCAUCCCCACCAUCUUCCCCGGUCCGGAUACCACCAUGAGGGGCUCCACCACCCUCCAUGUCCUGGCCUUCCUCUUCCUCAUGUUCAACGCACUGGGAAACUACGUAAUGACUAUCAAAUACCCAGCCGAGAGUGCCAACGAGAGCGCAGUGCCCGUUUGUUCCCCUCACUGCUCCGAUAAGGUGGACGCGCACUACCUCCUGAACGGCCGGCACUUCUGCAAACUGUGCAAGAAGGUCAUCCUCAAGAGGGACCACCACUGCUUCUUCACCGGGAACUGUAUCGGGAACAAGAACAUGCGUUACUUCAUCAUGUUCUGUAUCUACACAUCCUGCACCUGCCUGUACUCGCUGGUUCUCGGGGUAGCCUUCCUCACUGUGGAGUAUUCGAUCUCCUUUGAGAACCCUCUGACCUUCCUCACUCUACUCCCACUCUCCACAGGAUACUUCUUCAUGGGGAGUAUCUCAGGUCUGCAGCUCUUCCUGGUCCUGAUGCUGUAUGUGUGGCUGGGCAUAGGGCUGGUGUGUGCAGGCUUUUGCUGUCAGCAGGUGCUCCUGGUGGCUCGGGGGCAGACCUGGUGUCAGCUGCAGAGGGGGGAGCUGGUAGACACCCCCAGCCCCUGGAGGAGUAACCUAAAGGAUGUGUUUGGGACUCGCUGGAUUUUAGGUCUCAUUCUGCCCGUACAGACUGUAGAGAUGAGCUCACAAGACGCAGAAGAGGUCAAACAGGACUAACCCAUCAUCUUUCUUUAGCCCCACACAUUAUAGGGCUGCACAACAUGGGAACUAUACAAUGUUCAAUAAGCAGAGGUGGGUAGAGUAGCCAAAAAUUUUACUCAAGUAAGAGUAACAUAACUUCAAAAGAAUAUUACUCAGGUAGAUGUACAAAAUAGUGGUCCAAGAAGAGUAAAACAGUAUUUUAGACAUCGUUGGGGCGUAACAUUUUAUUUAUAAGGACAAAACAUUAAAUUAUGCACAAAAUUUGGUGUUUUUAAAGGAUUGACAUAAAAAUGCGAAAAACUAUAUCAUACCUGAAGGAGCAGUACAAGAAACACAAAUGUUCAAAUCAUUUGUUAUUGUCAAAAUACAGCUUUUGUCAGUUAAUCACAGUGGGAAUAAUAACCAGAGUAACAUUUACUCAAGUAAGAGUACUGUUUCAGUACUUCAGUUCUAAAAAUGUUAGCAAUUAUUAUUAUUAGUAGUAGUAGUAGUAGUAGUAGUAUUAAUUAAAAGUAUGCUGCUAGAAAAGUAUUCCGAAAAGUACUAUUUCCUUAAAAAGUUACUAAGUAAGUAAAUGAAACUGAGCACUGCCCACCUCGGUCGAUAAGUAUGUUGAAUAAUGUUGUAUUUUGCAGCUAUUUUUAGAUACAGUUCUACUUAAGUUAUACUGUGGAACUUUCCAGGCAAAGCAAAAACAUUUCCACUGAGACAAGCAGGUGACGGCCCUCCCACUACAGGCGGGUCACAGUGCCCCUAAGUCCUCGCCCCUUUUCAUUCCUCAGUUAGAUGAACAUUGAUAUUACACUGAUAUUGUGACAAAAUUUCAACAUUCUGUGCAGCUGUGAAAUGAUUAAGAGCUACCACUUUUUAAUAAGUGAACUUAAAUUAUGUUAGUGUUUAGUCCCUUCUUUAGAGGACAGGACCAUUACAAGAUCUAAUUAAUUUGUGUAUAUGUCUUUAUUAAGGCAAUAUUUUCACAUUUAAAAUGCAUAUUAUCAAAUAUUUAUAUUAUCAAUGCCUAUAUUUAAGGGUUAAAUGACCAUAUAUGCUAAUGUUAAGUGCUUUUAAAAAAUCUAGGUUGUUUUUCAUCGCUCAUUCAAGAUAAGAACUUGCUUAAAUUGUAUACUUUGUAAUGUUAUAAUAACUUAAGGGCUUGUAUGAAGAUAACUACAAUAAGGACUUUCUCACAGCAUCAAACUGCCCGUUUGUCCAUUCUACAUUGCCUUGUAAAGCAGUAUUAGGCAGGCAGGGUAUUAUCACAAUGUGCCAUGAUUGAACUGUGCUUACAAAGAACACAAAGGUAAGGUAUUUAUUCACUAACCUGCUACUAUGAGAGCCGUUUGCUACUAAUAAGGGCCAUGUAUCUGUAUGGCUUAUUAAAACCCUUUAUCUCUCC